CCCCGCCACGUGAUCAGGCCGCGGCCGCAGUGCGCAAGGCCGGGAGCGGGCAGGCGAGGUGGGCAUGAUGUGGGCUGGCCGCGUCCUCCGCGCUGCGCUCUCUGGGGUCCCUCGCGGCCGCCGCGCGCAGUCAGCGCUGGCUCAGCUGCGUGGCAUCCUGGAGGAGGAGCUGGAAGGCAUUCGCGGAGCUGGCACCUGGAAGAGCGAGCGGGUCAUCACGUCCCGUCAGGGGCCGCGCAUCCACGUGGACGGCAUCUCCGGAGGAAUCCUUAACUUCUGUGCCAACAACUACCUGGGCCUGAGCAGCCACCCCGAGGUCAUCCAGGCAGGUCUGCAGGCCCUGGAGGAGUUUGGAGCUGGCCUUAGCUCUGUCCGCUUCAUCUGUGGCACCCAGAGCAUCCACAAGGAUCUAGAAGCAAAGAUAGCCCGCUUCCACCAGCGCGAGGACGCCAUCCUCUAUCCCAGCUGUUUUGAUGCCAACGCCGGCCUCUUUGAGGCUCUGCUGACCCCGGAGGAUGCAGUCCUGUCGGAUGAGCUGAACCAUGCCUCCAUCAUCGAUGGUAUCCGUCUGUGCAAGGCCCACAAGUACCGCUACCGCCACCUAGAUAUGGCCGAUCUGGAGGCCAAGCUGCAGGAGGCCCAGAAGCACCGGCUGCGCCUGGUGGCCACCGAUGGGGCCUUUUCCAUGGACGGCGACAUCGCACCCCUGCAGGAGAUCUGUUGCCUUGCCUCUCAGUAUGGUGCCUUGGUCUUUGUGGACGAAUGCCACGCCACUGGCUUCCUGGGGGCCACAGGACGGGGCACAGAUGAGCUGCUGGGCGUGAUGGACCAGGUCACCAUCAUCAACUCCACGCUGGGGAAGGCGCUGGGCGGAGCAUCAGGUGCCUACAGGCUUGUGCCCCUGGGCUCCCCUCAUCUACCUGCAGGGCCCUGGAAGAGUCUCGGGGAAGGGGGCUACACUACAGGGCCUGGAUCCCUGGUGUCCCUGCUACGGCAGCGUGCCCGGCCCUACCUCUUCUCCAACAGUCUGCCACCUGCUGUCGUCGGCUGUGCCUCCAAGGCCCUGGACCUGCUCAUGGAGAGCAGCGCUGUCGUCCAGUCUAUGGCGGCCAAGACCCAGCGAUUCCGCAGUAAGAUGGAGGCUGCUGGCUUCACCAUCUCGGGAGCCAGUCACCCCAUCUGCCCUGUGAUGCUGGGUGAUGCUCGGCGGGCCUCUUGCAUGGCGGAUGACAUGCUGAAGAGAGGCAUCUUUGUCAUCGGGUUUAGCUACCCUGUGGUCCCCGAGGGCAAGGCCCGGAUCCGGGUCCAGAUCUCAGCGGUGCACAGCGAGGAGGACAUUGACCGCUGCGUGGAGGCCUUCGUGGAGGUGGGGCGGCUGCACGGGGCAGUGCCUUGAGUCCUGGGUGGUGACAAGCAGAGCCAAGGUCCCCCUCCCUCCACAGUGACAGAGAGGGGGGCCUUUGACCAGCCCAGGCCAGAGGCUGUGAACUCUUGUCAGUUCUGGGGCCAGGCUGGGGUGAGGCCUGUGCUUGUGGCUGUGAGUGUGAAGUAACAGUGUGGAAAU